CUUUCCCUUUACCUUCUGAUCAGUCAGCAACUGUGUGUGUGUGUGCAGGUGUGAGCUGACACCUGCAAGAUCUCAGAACUGGGCCCAACAUGCAGCCAGGACAGUUGUUUCCUCUACAAUAAGGAUCAACUAUCCAACCAUUUGCGUCUCCAUAUGGGCCUGCCCAACCUGGUGAAUGGCCAUGACCACCUGUAACUUCAGUUGAAAACUCAAAGAUUUUGGUUGACUAUCUAGAGACCUUCUAAUACAUAUCUGUUUGACUGUGUUUACAUCCUCACCGGUUCUGCAGAAAACAUCUCUUCAACAUGGUGGAGUACUAUGAAGCCCUGGGACUUCCCAAGACUGCUUCCUUAGAUGAUAUUAAAAAAGCGUACAGGAAGAAAGCUCUCAAGUGGCACCCAGAUAAAAAUCCAGAAAACAAACAAUUUGCAGAACAGAGAUUCAAGGAGAUUGCAGAAGCCUAUGAAGUACUUUCAGAUAAGAACAAACGUGAUGUCUAUGACCUCUAUGGUAAGGAUGGACUCAUGGGAAGAGGUAGGCCAGGAGGAUCUGCUGGGAGCAAUAUUAGUUCUGAAUAUAUGUUCCAUUUCCGCAGUGCCCAUGAUGUCUUUCGGGAAUUUUUUGGGGGAAGGGAUCCUUUUUUUGGAGAUCCUAUGGCUUUCACUAGCUGCGUUGGAGGAAAAGGAUUCAGUUUUUAUUCUUCCUCAACUAACUUCUUCAAUGGCAAACAAAUCACUACCAAAAGAAUUAUUAAGGACGGACAGGAGCGAGUGGAAGUUGAAGAAAAUGGACAACUUAAAUCUGUUGUUGUUAAUGGUGUGCCAGCUGACAGAACACCUAUGAGGGAAACUGGAGGGCAUUUUAUUCGUAGUAAGCCCACCAGGUACAGGUCCUUACCUCAGUUUACUUACGACGAAUAUGACUCUGAUCCUAACCGUAAGGUUCUUAAGGUGAGGCGCAUCUUCCCUAUUAAAAAUACAAACAACACAGUGGGAGGCGAAUCUCCUGAAGAGGACAGUAAUUCUCACACGGACAGUGAGUCUCACCAAGACGAUGAGUUCCAGUCUGAGGAUGAUGAAUCCCAUAUUGAUGAAUUCUAGCAGUAACCUGCAUAUAAAUCAGAUCUCAUAUGCUGGCGGUAAGUCAGGAGGAACAUAUUGUGCGCCUGAUGUGAAUACUAUGAAGACCCAGAUGAGAAGAAUUAAUCAACCAGUAGAUACCACAUGGACCCUAGGUGAAAAUAGGCACCAGUGUACUGGGGGAGACUGGCUAGCAAGAAGAUGGUCCUUAAAAGAGGGAGGGAAAGAAGAAGAAGAGGAGGAGGAGGAGGAGAAUACUGAAGGAUUAAUGAAACCCUUAAUCAGAGAAAAGAGUUCUUUGCCAAAAGGAACAGGAUCACCCUCACAUGUAACAAAUCAACUCCACUAUGGCUGAUGAAGAUUCUUGGGCAAAAUCAAGUUCCUCUAAGUUUACUUAGCUACCAGUAUAGGGAGAAAUUAUGGGAUCCAUUAGGAAGGAGACAAGCAAAGGGCAAUGGGCUGUUUAAUAAAGGUUGGGAACAGUGA